AUGUCGGUGGCCUUGUUGAAGACGGCCAUCUUUGGCGCCCCGGCCGGCACUCCUACGCCCCCUACGGAUGGCGAGCGACCGGAUAACAACCGCCGCUCCUCAGCCGCUGACACAAUAAUUGAAUCCGAUAUUGAAUCACUAAACCCUAAGGGUGGCGGCGGUGGUAAAACCAAGAGCAAGAUCGAUCCUCGCAUCAUCUCGGAUGCUACUAUCGGACUCUCGGAUGGCCUCACCGUUCCUUUUGCCUUGACCGCUGGCUUGUCUGCUCUCGGGGACACCAAGGUCGUUAUCUAUGGAGGCUUCGCUGAGCUCAUUGCCGGAGCGUUGUCGAUGGGUCUCGGAGGAUACCUCGGUGCCAAAAGCGAGGCUGCUUCCUACCGCGAGACACGGGCUGACACGGAAGCCAUGGUCAGAAACGACCCGGUUUCCGUCCAUUCUGACAUCCGUGACGUAUUCAAGCCUUUCGAGCUUGAUCGAUCCGACCUUGAGAGCCUCGUCGACCACUUGGCCGCGUCCCCCAAGGUCGUUGAUUUCCUCAUGCAGUUCCACCACUGCUCCCUCGAGCCCCCCACGAACCGCGCCUUCACCUCCGCUUUCACCAUCGCCAUGGGCUACUUCCUCGGAGGCUUCAUCCCCCUCCUUCCUUACUUCUUCGUCGACCAGGUCUUCCACGGUCUCUACAUCUCCGUCGGCGUCAUGGCCCUGGCCCUUUUUGUCUUCGGUUACGUCAAGACCUGCGUUGUCUGCGGUUGGCGCGGAGCCCAUCGUGUCUUGCAGGGCAUCUACGGCGGUCUGCAGAUGGUCGUGAUUGGCGGCGUCGCUGCGGGCUCUGCCAUGGGUCUUGUGAUGGCCUUCAACCACAUCUCAGAUUCAAGCGAUGGCGCCAUCUUUGGCGGUCGAGCGGCACAGUUCGUGCCCGUGGGGGACAAUCAGUUGUAG